AAUCUUACACACUCUCUCUCUUCACAAAACAAGAGAAGAAAAAAAAAAAAAAAACGUUUCGCUCUCCCUCUAUGCCGGAGAGCUGGCGUUAGCGAAAAGAAAUGGAGUAGAAAGCUGACGCUUAAAUUUUCUCGAGAAAAUGACAGAAAGUAAAAGAAAAUAAAACUUAGCUUCAAGCCCUUCUCUUUGAGCGUCUGAAAGCAUUAGCCUAUUUUAUUAUAUAAAUCCGGUUUUCUAAUCAAGAUAUUGUUAGUUUUUGAUGUGUGUAUCUGCAUCAUUCUCACCUGUAUUUAAAAAUUAAAAAAAUAAAAGCAAAAGCAAAGACAACAUUCGAGAAGUCUAAAAUGAUUUGCAGUUGCAAGUGUUUCAUGUUGCUUUGAUUUCUUCACUGAGGGCAACAGAUAAGUUGAGUGUUGAUUGAGGGAGAUUUUAAGCAGAUAGUUAGAAAUAUCCCUAACUGAUGUUUUCAUGCCUUCUAAGUCGGUUGUCAGGCUUAGAUGGACACUACUUCUUUUGAACCAAAUAGUACCAUACCCACCCAAAUUGAUCAGUAUCCAUUGCUGAUGGAACGGAUGGACAGCCAUGAUGAUCAUGAGCACAUAAUUAGCAUAACAGGAAAUGAAGAUGGUUCAUCAAACUCAUCUCACAAUGGUCAGCCUCCUGAUAUAGACUUACCUUAUCAUGAAGAUAGAUCUAGCAGUGCACAUCAAUCUUCUUCAUCUUCCUUAAAUAGAUUAAACUCUAGGAAUUCAACAUUUGCAAGGAGAGGUGAUGGAUAUGACCGUCGGCGCAGGAGUCCAUUGAACUCUGGGUUAUGGAUUUCUAUUGAGCUAUUUGUCACUGUGGGUCAGAUUAUAGCAUCUAUUGUUGUUUUGUCAUUGUCAAGAAAUGAAAAUCCGCAGGCCCCAUUAUUUGCAUGGGUUGUGGGUUAUGCAUCUGGUUGUGUUGCAACACUUCCCAUUCUUUACUGGCGUUUUCGUAACCGCAACCAGAGUGGCCAGCAAGAUUCUCAUCAGUCUCAUCAAGGCUCUUCCCAGAACAAUCCUCCUGACACUUCAUCGUAUACAGCCAUUUCUGUCACUCAAGCUUCAGAAGAGGAUAAUUUUCGCUCAGAAUUAGCCAUAGCAAAUGGUCAAACUGGCAGACAAAGUUCACGGCUCAAUGGAUUGAUGGACCAUUUCAAGAUGGCCCUAGAUUGCUUCUUUGCAGUGUGGUUUGUUGUGGGCAACGUUUGGAUUUUUGGAGGUCACUCAACUCCUACUGAUGCUCCAAAAUUGUACAAAUUAUGUAUAGUGUUCCUUACUUUUAGCUGUAUAGGAUAUGCAAUGCCAUUCAUACUAUGUGCAACAAUUUGUUGCUGCCUGCCUUGCAUAAUAUCUCUCCUAGGUUUCCGGGAGGAUUUUUCUCAAACUAGGGGAGCCACCACGGAAUCCAUUAAUAGUUUGCCAAUAUACAAGUUCAAGUUACAGAAGAGUGAGAGUGUCAAUGAUCAUGACAACUCGGGGACUGGUGAAGGUGGUGUUUUGGCUGAAGGGACAGAAAAGGAGCGUGCAAUAUCAGGAGAAGAUGCGAUUUGCUGUAUUUGCUUGAAUAAGUAUGCUGAUAAUGAUGAGCUGAGGGAGCUACCCUGUUCCCAUGUAUUCCAUGUGGAUUGCGUGGAUAAGUGGUUGAAGAUCAAUGCUUCUUGUCCGCUGUGUAAAAGUGAGCUUGGUGAGAGCAGCAGUGCUCAACCAUCGGCCAGAGACUCCAGCCAGCAGUAGAUAAAACAAGAAUGAUGGUGGAAGAAUCAGUUAAAAUUAUAUAUUGAUUGUUAUUGCAAGCCUGGGGCAGAUCGUCAAGUGCACCUCAGCAUGCUAAAUUUUGUUUUACAGGGUAAUGUAAAUGGCAAUAGGAGUUUGUUUUUACCGUAGCAUUAGAUCUUUCAAAUCUCUCUGUUUUUUUUGUAAAUGCAAGAUAGGGGACAAGGAAGCACUUUGCUUUCUAACCUGUUAUAGCCUUUGCGUCCGAGAAAAUAACAAAGAUGUUCCCGCUUAAACUGUGGCCACCAUUUGGCGCCCUUAAGAUGAUGAUUUCUCUAUCAAUACAGAGCCUAUCUUUAUGAUUGUUACUGAA